AUGGUGCACCAGCACCGUCACCAGCAUGAAAGCAGGAGAGAGAGAAGAAGUGGUUCAGAAGGAGAGCAAGAGAAACGACCAAGGUUCUUCAUAAACGACAACAUUGACAUUCUGAGGGAAAUCCUUAAACGACUCGACGGUCCCUCGCUGGGUGUUGCCGCCUGCGUGUGCCGCCUCUGGUGCAGCCUCACCCGCAACGACGACUCACUCUGGGAGCACCUCUGCUUCCGCCACGUGUCCACUCCUCCCCCGGCGUCCGUUCGGGCAGUGGUGGUGGCCCUCGGCGGUUACAAGCGCCUAUACAUGGUGUGCGUGAGACCGGUGCUGAGUAGACUCGGAAACUCGGAAAGGGUCAGGAAAAGAGUGUGGACUCGGCACGAGGUGCAGCUCUCCCUCUCCUUGUUCUGCAUUGACAGCUACGAGAGGCUUGGGAGUGGAAGGGUUACCAGUGACGCGUCCGCAUCAUCCCUCAUGUUCCUCUGCAACACCGUCAACGUCUGA